UCACACACAAAAUCGAAAACCCUAUAAUCCCCAACAAAAACCUACGCCGCCGCCGCCGCUCCCUCCUCCUCCCUCGCUGCUCUCUCUCGCCUAAUCCCCCCGUUUCCGGCUCCCCCCUCGCCGGCGCCGCCGCCGCCGCCGCACUCCGUCACUCAAGAUGAACAAGGAGAAGCUCAUGAAGAUGGCCGGCGCCGUCCGUACCGGCGGGAAAGGCACCGUGCGCCGGAAGAAGAAGGCGGUGCACAAGACGGCGACCACGGACGACAAGAGGCUGCAGAGCACGCUCAAGAGAGUGGGCGUCAACACCAUCCCGGCCAUCGAGGAGGUCAACAUCUUCAAGGACGAUCUCGUCAUCCAGUUCCUCAACCCCAAAGUGCAAGCGUCCAUCGCCGCAAACACAUGGGUGGUCAGUGGAACUCCGCAGACCAAGAAGCUACAAGAUGUUCUUCCUGGGAUCAUCAACCAAUUGGGUCCCGACAACAUGGAGCAUCUGAAGAGGAUUGCUGAAGAGAUGCAGAAGCAGGUGGCUGCUGCAGGCGCCGCUCAGAUCAAGGAAGAGAACGAUGACGAUGUUCCGGAGCUUGUUCCUGGAGAGACUUUUGAGGAAGUAGCCCAGGAUACGAAAGCCUGAUUAUACAUUCCGUCAGUAGUGAAUUUUACUUGACCCCACAUGUUACGAGGUCAUGGUUUUCUAUGACGGCCCUCUUUGCUCCUCUCCUUGGCCAUCCAUCUGUAUUUGCAGUUGGAAACUUUUAGUUUCUCGAAGUUUUUAUCCAAGUUAUGAAUGUUGAGAUGCCAAUGGAAUCCUUUUUAGCUUUUUUUUUAUGGUGAAGAUGCUGGUUGGUUCACAA